CUUAUACCUUCUUCGUCAAUGGCAUUGAUCCAACAUGGUUCGGUUUCUGGGACCUCUGCGGUUCGAUUGAGCUUCUCAUCCUCCGUAUCACCACCGUCGUCUUCUCCUCCGCCGUCAAGGGUUUCUCUCAAUUUUCAGUCGGAGAAGAAGAGUUGUUGCCGGAGAAUGAUAUGCAGAGCUAUGGUUCAAGACGCCGUUCAAGGGAUUCCUUCGGUUUACGCCAGAGAAAUGGAGCGUCUCUCUGCUAAGGAAUCGCUUAUUCUCGCCUUCAAUGAUUCUGGAGGAUUUGAGGCUCUAGUUACUGGGAAGAUCACUGAUAUGCAAAAGAUUGAUGUGAAUGAGAGGAUAACCACUCUUGAGCGCCUUAAUCCAACUCCUAGACCAACCACGUCUCCUUAUCUUGAAGGUAGAUGGAGUUUUGAGUGGUUUGGCUCCAACACUCCUGGUUCACUUGCUGUUCGGGUUAUAUUCGAGAGGUUUCCUUCGACAUUGGUGAGUCUAUCCAGUAUGGAGAUAGUUAUUAAGGAUAAUAACACAUUGGCAACAGCAAACAUCAAACUCCUAAACUCGAUAGAAAACAAAAUCAUCUUGUCAUCGAAAUUGACAAUAGAAGGGCCUUUAAGGAUGAAAGAAGAGUAUUUAGAGGGAAUGCUCGAGUCGCCAACGGUUAUUGAAGAAGCAGUACCUGACCAGCUAAGAGGUUUAUUGGGCCAAGCUUCUACCACGUUGCAGCAGCUUCCUGCACCUAUCAAGGAUACUCUAGCCAAUGGUCUAAGAAUUCCCCUUGGUGGAACUUACCAAAGAUUCUUCAUGAUAUCUUAUCUAGACGACGAGAUUCUUAUUGUAAGAGAUACCGCAGGAGUGCCUGAAGUUCUAACAAGGGUUGAAACAUCGUCUUCGAUGUCUUCAUCGAGCGUUGUAGAGAAUCUUGAAUACAACAGUUAAAAACAGUUUCUUAUGUUACCCUGAUUAUGUCUGUAAAUGUAAACAAAAAGCAUAUACAACU